AUGUCUACCUCAGAGUGGAAGCCGCCAGGCAAAGGAGACCUCAGGUCGCCCUGCCCAGCACUCAACAUACUAGCAAAUCAUGGUUAUUUACCACACGACGGGAAGAAUUUGACAGCUGCACAAAUAACAGAUGCACUUAACAAACAUCUGAACGUGUCCCGUGGAUUUGCCAAUUUUAUGGCGAGGGCAGCUGUCUAUCUAGUUGGUAGCAAAGGAGUAUGCUCUCUCGAAGAUCUCGGCAAGCAUAAUGUAAUCGAACACGAUGCGUCUCUAACACGACAAGAUGCGUUCCUAGGCGACAAUAUUCAUGUCGAUCCAUCUCUAGUUGAUAGUCUUCUUUCCCAUGCUGUGGAUGGCCGUAUCACCAUCGAUACUCUCGCCAAAUUCCGUAACCUGCGGUACGAAGACUCAAAAGAACGAGACAAAGAAUUUUGCUUUGGCACGAAACAAUAUAAAACUGCUUUUGGUGAAUCUGCCCUGCUUUUGAGUGUACUGGGACAGGCGACUAACCAAGAGAUUGACGUCGAGACUGCAAGAACACUUUUGAAGGAGGAGCGGUUACCCGAUGGCUGGCAAAAGGGAAGUAAGCCGGUGACCUUUUGUGAUGUUUGGAGCAUGCAGAGCAAGAUUGAAAAUAGGUCAAAGGAGAUGAAAAAUGAAAAGAAAUGA